AUGUUGUCUUGGAAGUGGCGGCGCCUACCUAAUACAGAUAUAGAGGAAGAACAAUUGGAGGAUUGUGUUCAGUUGAUCGAAGGUAUUGCUUUAGGGGCUAACAAUGAUCCUUGGGUGUGGGAUUCGGCUUCGGGAGAAGAUUUUUCGAUGUUUCAAGUUCGGAAAUGGCUGGGCAGCGACCGAUCUGUUCAGCUGGCUUCGGCUUUUGAAUGGUGUAAAUGGCUCCCGAUUAAGUGUAAUGUGUUUAUGUGGCGUAUGUUGAUGGAUAGAAUUCCGACUAAAAAGGCGUUACAGAGAAGAGGCAUUGAUUGUGGGGAUUUAAGGUGCAAGUUUUGUAAUGAACAGGAGGAUUGCAUCGACCAUAUUUUCACGGCGUGUAUGUUGACGUGUGGUGUUUGGAAUGGGAUUGCUUCUUGGAUUUAUUCGUCAUCCGGAUGGUCGAAAGCGAAGAAAUCAGCGUUGCAUGGUGUUCUUAUUUUGACGUGUUGGCGGAUUUGGAAGGCUAGAAAUGAUCUCAUCUUCAGGGAUAUUCGGUGGAAUGUGGUUGAGAUUGUUUCGGACAUCAAAGCGUUGGGUUUUAUUUGGUUUUCUAGUAGAUUUAAUAAGGGGUUGUUGGGUUGGAAGGAUUGGCUUUUGUUUUGA